UUGAUAUUCUCAAUGGAGCCCAGUGCUACCUUGACUAGUUCAGGAAUACUUACAUGUACUACUGCUGCUAACAAUAAUAGUAAUAGUCAAACAUCACUAGGUCAAUCACAGAUUAUUAUUAAAGUACUGGGAGGUUUCCUUGGGAUUACAACAUUUGUUGUUCUCAUACUAUCACUAGCAAUGAUUAUAAUACUGAGGAAAAAAGUUAAAGCAAGGUCUAAAAACUCUAUACCUGAUCAUACUCCAGAGACUUAUGAGAUUCCAAUCACCACAAAAGAGGAUCCAGCAUUAUAUGAAAUGAUUAACAAUAAAAUACCAUCAAUUAAUACCAAUAACUACAGCAACUAUACUUCUCUUAGUGUCAGUACUACUGAUAACUCAACAAUAUAUGAUAUUCCAGAAACAUCAAGGCCACAAGUCUCAUCUUGCCCAUACAAAGUUGGACAUUUUAAAUGAAGCCUUACGUAAUAAAAUAUGACAUUUACAAUAGUUUAAAACUUUGCAUGUAUACUUGAGUGUAAAUAUUCUGUGCAUAUAGGUCUAGUACACUGUUUAUUGUUUUGAACCAAUUUUAGUACAAUAAAUAACUAUAGUAAAAUGCACACAAACACAUUAUUAUUAUUGUAG